AUGUACCUCUGGGACGCGAAAGACCCAGAUCUAGACGACGCGCUACACAAUCCUGAUCCGGAGAUGGACAAACGCCUAGAUCGACGAUGGACGAUCGCCUCCCUCCGCGGGUGGGUGAACAUGACCAUGUUACUCGUGCUCAUCCUCGCCCUCCUCAUGCUAUUCAUCGGCUACCCAGCGAUAUACUUCUUCUCCCAGCCCAAGAUCGUACGCUCGGGGUUUAACCUGGGCGGGAUAAACAGCACUGGUCAGGUACCGGAUAUUCCCGGGACCUGGCAGAUGAUCGAUCCUUCCACUCCGAGCAGCGCGAUGCAACACACUGGGUUCGAUGGACAGCAAUACGAUCUCGUCUUCUCGGACGAGUUUGAGGUCGACGGGCGUACGUUCUACCCAGGGGACGACCCGUACUGGGAAGCGGUGAACCUUAAUUACUGGGCGACGGUGGAUUAUGAGUGGUACGACCCCAGCGCGAUCACGACCAAAGACGGGAAAUUGGUGAUCACCAUGACCGAGGAGUUGAUACAUAAUUUGAACUGGAAGAGCGGGAUGCUUCAGAGCUGGAACAAGUUUUGCUUCACGACGGGAUAUGUUGAGGUCAUGGUAUCCCUCCCCGGCUCGGGGGACGUACCGGGCUUCUGGCCAGGUGUGUGGAUGAUGGGCAACCUCGGUCGAGCAGGGUACGGCGCGUCCACGGAAGGCGUGUGGCCCUACACCUACGCAGCGUGCGACCUGGGCACCUACCCGAACCAGACUACCAAAGGGGGCGAACCGGCGAUCACGAAGACCGACGGGGACCAAUAUAAUGGCAACUACCUCUCCUUCCUCCCUGGGCAGAAACUCUCUGCCUGCACCUGCCCCGGCUCUGACCACCCAGGACCAUCAGUCACCACCGGCCGCGGAGCACCAGAAAUCGACAUCCUCGAAGCUCAGGUCAACGUCUGGGAAAACCAGGGCUCCGUGUCCCAGUCCUACCAGGUCGCGCCGUUCAACGACUUCUACCAGUUUGACAACACCACCACGACGCUGUACAACAGUGCGCCUACGACGGUGUACAACGGGUACAGGGGGGGCGUGUACCAGCAGAGCGUGUCCGCGGUCACGCUCGUCAGUAACGCCAACUACAACAAUAACCAGUACGGAGUGUUCGGCGUUGAGUUCUGGAGCAAUCCGAGCAAUAGAGGAGAGGGGUAUGUAACCUGGGUCGCCGAUGGACGGAGGACGUUCAACAUGCCUGCUUCUGCUGUCGGCGCUGACCCGAUUAGCGAAGUCUCCGAGCGGCUAGUGAGCGAGGAGCCUAUGAGCAUGGUCAUCAACUUUGGGAUGUCCUCCGGUUUCCAAGGGCAAGAUUUCACCCGGCUUCAAUUCCCAGCGACGUUCUACGUCGAGUAUAUCCGCGUCUACCAACGAACUUCCGUCUCCGGCAACCCGGACUACCAGUCCUGUGACCCAGCUGCACACCCGACGCUGAACUAUAUCAACAGCCACUUGAACGCAUACAUGAACCCGAACUUGACGACGUGGGACGCGGCGGGGUACACUUUCCCCAGGAACAGCCAAUUUGAUGGCUGUUGA